AUGGCCACGCCUACCCUCCCCGACAGCUACAACACGCUCUCGCUGCCCGAGAUCAAGCUCUCGCACCACCCGGAGACCUCUCCUACCGUCACGCCCGUCAUCAUCGUGCGCCUCAACCGUCCCGAGUCGCGCCACGCCUACACCGACACCAUGGGCGCCUCGCUCGUCACCGCCUACGGCCUGCUCUCCGCCGACCCGCGCGUGCGCGCCAUCGUGCUCACCUCCGCCGACGCCUCCAACAAGUUCUUCUGCGCCGGCAUGGACUUCAACGUGCGCGCCGCGCGCGUCGAGGACCCGCUGCUCUACCGCGACUCCGGCGGCACCGUGUCCAUCGCCAUGCACCGGUGCGCCAAGCCCAUCGUCGCCGCCGUCAACGGCGCCGCCGUCGGCAUCGGCAUGACCAUGACCCUGCCCGCCACCGUCCGCGUCGCCAGCAGCAAGGCCAAGUGCGGCUUCGUCUUCGCCCAGCGCGGCUUCUGCAUGGAGGCCUGCAGCAGCUUCUUCCUGCCGAGGCUGGUCGGCACCUCCCGCGCCAUGCACCUCGUCAGCACCGGCGCCGUCUACCCGGCCACCCACCGCCUGUUCGACGGCUUGUUCAGUGAGGUCGUGGAGCCGGAGGAGGUGCUGCCCACGGCGCUGCGCAUCGCGGAGGGCAUGGCGAGCAACUGCAGCGUCGUCUCGACCCAAUUGAUGAAGGAGAUGAUGUACCGCGGGCCCAAGUCGCCCGAGGAGGCCCACCUGCUCGAGAGUAAGCUCUUCUACAGCCUCACCUGCCCCGACACAGACUCGGCUGAGGGCGUCAAGAGCUUUCUGGAGAAGCGGCCGCCCAAGUUCACGGGUACCAUAGAGAACCAGCGGCCUUUUGGGUACCCUUGGUGGUCGGAGCUUGAUGUGCGCCCCAAGAUUUAG